AUUUUCACAGCUUUAAAAAAGAAACUGAAAAAAAUAGAGAUACCAGUUUGAGUUUACCUUUUCGAUACAACUGUUAACUGAUUUCUCUAUAUUGGCCGUUACAGGCUUCUCUAUUCUCUCUUUCAUUGCUAUGGGCUGGGUUCGGGCGAGAGAUGCAAUCAAACUAGCCCCCCUUGCCUCUGGGUUGUACAGGUUAGGAAUGUACAGGAAAUGGGGUCAGAUUGAGGUCAUCUACAUUGGGGUCACAUCCACUGGGGGAUCAAUUAGAGAGACACUCACUAAAUUGUUCCUCGGUCUGGAUGGCGAUCCGAACUUGAUGCUGUACGUCUCCCCACUUUGGACCAAAGGAAAUCUGUUCGUUGACUGGACUGUGCGUCUGUACCCCAAGACAGACAUCAAUGACGUCAUAAGAUUGCAAGUGAAGUCCACCCGAAGAGUGCCCUUGUUCAACCAGAGGUCAUCGGAGAAGGAUCCUGUGCUUCCGUAUGUUGCAAGAGAGUGCAACAUGCACAACCCGCAACUAUUCCACUAA